GAGUUAUAUCAGGGUGUGUUUUCAAAACUAAAGAAAAUACUUUUUUUAUUACUUUACUUUAUAAAAUACUUUUUAGUAUUUUAUCAUUCAUUUUCUUUUUCAAGUUUGCAGCUUUAGAUGAUUUCGCAGAAUUUUGUGUGCUUAAACCGAAAAAAGAAAGCUUGAUUUGAAUGUUGAAUUUGGAUUUACAUCCUUGUCCAUGUUUUUAGUCUGUAAAUCCAUUUCGUUUAGUUAGUUUGCAGAAGAUCGGGACUAUUAGAGAAUAAUGAAUGUUUAUUCACCUUUGCCUUGCCAGCUUGCUUGAAGGAAAGACAAGGAGACAGGAUACAGAUUGCACAUUCGCCCCGUUGUAGUGGUGGGCUUUCUACAGAGACUGAAACGGACUGCAUCCAGCAGCAGCAGCAGCAGCAGCAGCAGCACACACCCCUCAGCGCCAAGCGGUGAUGCAGCCCCGCGCGAAGAGAACCGACAACUCCUCAGAGUUGCCUCGACUUUAGGAUGGUGCAGAAAUCGCUCAACGGCGGGGUUUACCCAGCUGAAGCCGGAGAAAAGAAGCACAAAGUCGGGUUCGUCGGCUUGGACCCCGGUGCUCCGGAAUCCACCAGGGAUGGGGCGCUGCUUAUUGCGGGCUCAGAGAGCACCAAGCGGAGCAGCAUCCUCAGCAGACCAAGGGCCAGCAUCUCCUGCGGGAGACCCAGACCAUCGAAGAAAAACGCCAGCUAUCGGAAACUACAGAGUUUCCUCUACAACGCACUAGAGAGACCGCGGGGAUGGGCGUUUGUCUACCAUGCUUAUGUCUUCUUCCUGGUCUUCUCCUGUCUCAUCCUGUCUGUCUUUGCAACCAUCAGAGAGUAUAAACAAAACUCAGAAAACGCCUUAUACAUCUUGGAAAUUGUGACUAUUGUGGUGUUUGGAGUUGAGUACAUUGUGAGGAUAUGGGCUGCUGGAUGUUGUUGUCGAUACAGAGGAUGGAGGGGGAGGCUGAAAUUUGCCAGAAAGCCUUUCUGUGUCAUAGACAUGAUGGUACUGAUUGCUUCAGUGUCUGUGCUGGCAGCAGGAUCUCAGGGGAAUGUUUUUGCUACCUCGGCCAUCAGGAGUCUGAGAUUCCUACAGAUCCUGCGUAUGCUUCGAAUGGACCGCCGGGGAGGCACCUGGAAGCUGCUCGGAUCUGUUGUUUACGCCCACAGCAAGGAGCUCAUCACAGCUUGGUAUAUUGGUUUUCUGUGCCUCAUCCUGGCCUCUUUCUUGGUCUAUUCUGUGGAAAAGGAGACAAAUGACGAGUUUGAGACCUAUGCUGAUGCUCUUUGGUGGGGACUGAUCACUCUCACCACCAUUGGCUAUGGUGAUAAAGUUCCCAAAACCUGGAAUGGACGUUUGCUUGGAGCUGCAUUUAGCAUGAUAGGUGUGGCUUUCUUUGCGCUUCCUGCUGGGAUUCUUGGCUCAGGCUUCGCCCUCAAAGUUCAGGAGCAGCACAGGCAGAAACAUUUUGAGAAGAGACGUAACCCUGCAGCGGGUCUAAUCCAGGCUGCAUGGAGGUUUUAUGCCACCAACCUUUCCCGUACAGAUCUGCUGUGCACUUGGGAUUUUUACGAGCAGACUGUAGCUGUUCCAAUGUACAGAAUCAUUCCUCCUCUGAAUCAACUGGACCUGCUGAGGAAUCUGAAAGGAAAAUCAUUCAGGAAAGACUCUCAGGCUGAAACCUCACCCAGUAGUGAAAAUGCACACAAAGACAGACUUUGUGGGUGCUGCCCAAGAACUCUUAGUCGGAAAGCCAGCCUGAAGGACAAAGUGUUUCCCAGUCCUUCCAAAGCCCCUGUGGUCAAAGGGAAAGCUCUCUCCCCCGGGGCUGAAGAAGGGGCUGAAGCCAACCCAGGCAAGGUCACCAAGACUUGGAGCAGAGUCCGGGGCAGCACCUCACGCCAAAAUUCAGAUGUGCUGAUUGAAAUGCAGGACGAAGACUUUGGACUGAAGAGUUCUCCAGCAAUUGAAGGUUUAAUAAAGGCAAGCCUCCCUGGAGAGGAAAUUGGUGAUGAUAAGAGCUGCCACUGUGAGUUUUUCACCCAGGAACUACCUCCAGGAUUGAAGGUUACAAUUAGGGCUGUUUGUGUCAUGAAGUUUCUGGUGUCCAAGAGGAGAUUCAAAGAGAGUCUGAGGCCUUAUGAUGUCAUGGACGUGAUCGAACAGUACUCUGCAGGUCACCUGGAUAUGUUGUGUCGCAUUAAGAAUCUACAAUCCAGAGUUGACCAAAUAGUUGGUAAAGGUACCAAAGCUGAAGGCGACGCUGCAGAGGAUCAGAGCAUGAUGGGGCGGCUAGUCAAAGUGGAGAAACAGGUAGUCUGCAUGGAUAGGAAACUUGACUUCCUCGUCAAUGUAUAUGUGCAGCGUAUGGGCAUCACUCAUUCAGAGACAGAGGCUUUUUUCAACUCCAAAGAGCCAUAUCCAGCACCACCUUACCACAGCCCAGAGAGAACCAAGGAAGAGAGGGACGAAAAGAAGGAGGGGAUGGAGGAAAAAAGAGCCAAGACGUGUUCAGCAUCAGCAGACUCCUCACACUGUCAUGGGUCAAUGGAAAAGAAAGAUGCUCUGUGUGAUCAGUCCAUGGCAAGGUCGGUAGCCACUCCAUCUGGCAGCAACAGCCGCCCUUCUACUUCUUGGCAGCACCAGCUGCAGCAUCCCCUCAGCCAGCCCGCCUGGGGCAGCAGCCUGGCCAACACCCCUUCACCAGCUGGAGCUGCCGGUGACCAGUCGCCCCCUGUCUUUCGCCUUCCGCCUCCCCCUGCUCCAGUGCAUGAUAGAUCUUCCUCAGGCCCGUGCGGAAGCGGCAGGGAGAGCAGCUCGCGGAGCAGAAGGCGCCACAGGAGGCACAGGUGUCAGCAUGAUGCCACCGCCGUGGAGAGCGACACCUCGCUCUCCAUCCCAUCUGUUGACCACGAGGAGCUGGAACGCUCCUUCAGUGGUUUCAGCAUCUCUCAGGCCAAAGAGGACUUCCUCGGUCCUUCUUUCUUUACAGGCUCAGGAGUAGGUGGAGCAGUGGCUGAAGCUGGAGGGGUACAUUCUGUCUGCACAAGGGUCCGACCAUUCAUAGCUGAAGGGGAGUCAGAUACAGACUCUGAUCUGUAUGCUCCAUCACCUCUGUCCUUCACUGGAGAGGCCUCAUGUGGAGAGAGGGGCUGGCCAGGACUGAAGUAGGCCAGAGGACUGCUCUGCUACGGCUAACCAGGAUGGUGGUAACAGAUCAGUGCCAAGAUGAGAUCAUCUGACCUCCUAUCCAACCAACGUAGUGUCCACAAUGAUGAUGAAUGAUGUUUUAGUCAAUUCUGAGUGGAUUCAUCUAAGAGGGUGAUCAUCAUGAAAACGGUUAUAUUACUAUAUGCAGUAAUUAAAUAACCUCAUAAAAAUAAAAGAGGUCACAUUUUCUCACAAUUCAUGUUUAAAAUGAAACAUUUCACAUGCAUUGAUUAAAGAUAAUUGCUUCAUACAUUUGUAGAUCCUGAAAGAUUGGGAAAAAAGUCCCUCUACUGAGAGUUCCUUUUAUUGAGAGUCAGUACUAACAGAGAUUUUUUGAGUUGGCAGUUGGUAGGGAUGGUAAAAAAAAUUUAACACUUCAUCAUUGGUCCAGCUGUGUGGAUAAAAUAGCUGGAGAUUAUUCAAAAAUGACUCAGAAGGUCUCUUCCUGCCUCCCUGUUGCCUGUGCUUC